UUCCGAAAACAACAAUAAACCAUUUUUUUUGCCGAUUGUCUAAAAGUGAAAAGUAAAUUUUCGUUUCUUGCAAUAAAUUAAACAUAAAUAUGGUUUAUAUACAUUUCCCAACAACUUUAACCGAGGAAGAGCAUAUGCUACAAGCAAAAUAUCAGAAGCUAAAGAAAAAGAAAAAAGCCUUGCAAGCGCUAAAAGCACCAAAACCAGAACCAGAGAAACCACUAACAUUAAAGCGUCCCACAGAUGCCCGUGAUGCACGUGAAGUAGCGCGUAAAUUAAUUAAAAGUGGCGCAAUACCAGCUAUCCAAAAGCAGCAAACCAAGCAAGACCAAACCUCAUUUAAACGUCCCAAGGGACAAGAGCGCGCUAAGCGUGCACCCGAAACCAGCGUAGCAGCCUAUCAACCUUUCUCGUCAACACAAAAUGAUGUGGCACAAGAGACCAUCAUUAGUGAAAUCAUAAAAGAAGAACCGCGCAUGCAAAACCUUUAUCAACAUUUUGCCACUGAACGCGAUCGCAAAGAACGCGGCUUAAAUGAUAAAACUCCUUUGGAUUCAACACAACCAGAAAAGCCACGUACCGGCAAUACCAUAUUCGUUUCGGGCAAUAAAGUAACCGAAGAAUUUUUGAAGAAAACGUUCAACGAUUAUGGCACAAUUGUUAAUGUGUCAAUGGAAAUCGAGAAAAGUCGUGGGUUCGUUUCGUUUGCUAAACCAGAAUCAGCUGAUCGUGCUAUUGCUGAAAUGCAUGGCAAAAGUGUUAACGGAAUUAAUUUGCAAGUGCAAUUGGCGCGCCGUCAGCCACAAAUUGAGCCUAUAAAUGACGCUUCAUCUUCGGCCGUGUGGUCGUCUAUAGCGGCGAGCGAUUCGCAAAAGGGCAGCCAUAAAGACGGCCGCGAAAUGGUUCAGUAUGACGAAGACUUUUUAUUGCAAACAAGUUUUGAAUAAAUAGUGUUUAAAAAUUUAAUAU